AUGGUUCAAUUAUUGAAAACUGCCGGUUUAUUAGCCGCUUUAACCUCUUUAGCUUCUGCCACCCAAACUUUGGCUGCCGACGAUGAAACUGUCAACAUGAUUGAAUUAGCCGUCUAUGUUAACGAUAUCCACAGUAACAUGGCUGCUUAUCUUUCCAUGCAAAUGGCAAACCCAGAAAUGGCUUACCCAGCUGUCAUUGAAAGUGCUGUCUUGAAAAUUUUACUUAAAACUGAUCCAGACAAUAAAUUUACAACUUUAUUGACUGGUAUCGAUCCUGAAGAAAUUACCUCUAUGAUUACAGGUGUCCCAUGGUACUCCAGCAGAUUAGCACCAGCUAUUUCUGCCUCCCUAGCUGCUAGAGAUAUUGUUAUUUCAACCCCAGCUGCUUCCUCAUCCGCUGCCCCAACAACUUCAUCUACUGUCGCCUCUUCCAAGGCCACUUCUUCAGCUGUCAAGUCAUCUGCCGCUGUAUCUUCAGUUGCUUCCUCUGCUGCUGCCUCAUCUGCUGUCGAAUCCUCAGUUGCUGUCUCUUCAGUUGCUUCCUCUGCUGUUGCCUCAUCUGCUGUCGAAUCCUCAGUUGCUGCCUCCUCUGCUGUCGAAUCUUCAGUUGCUGCAUCAUCUGUUAUUGAAUCUUCAGUUGCUGCCUCCUCUGCUAUCGAAUCCUCAGUUGCUGCCUCCUCUGCUAUCGAAUCCUCAGUUGCUGCCUCCUCUGCUAUCGAAUCCUCAGCCGUUGCCUCCUCUGCUGUCGAAUCCUCUGCUGUUGCUUCAUCUGCUGUCGAAUCUUCAGUUGCUGCAUCAUCUGUUAUUGAAUCUUCAGUUGCUCCUUCCGCUAUUCCUUCUGCCAACAUUUCCUCUGUCAUCAAGUCUUCUGUUGCUCCUUCUUCUGUUGUUGCAUCAAGCAUAUUUGCUAACUCAACUUCUACAACUCAUAAGGUUUCUACAGCCAUUGUUACUGAUACCAACAUAUUCACAAACACCGCUACUGUCACAAACUGUUCUACAACUGAAGGUGUUUACAAGAAUACUACUGCUACCGAAACCGCACUAACCACUACUAAACAAACUGUUACUGUCUGUGAUGAAGUAUGCAAAUCUAAAUCAUCAGCUUCUGCUGCUAAGGCUACUGAAACCACACUAACUACUACUAAACAAACUGUUACCGUCUGUGAUGAAGUAUGCAAAUCUAAAUCAUCAGCUUCUGCUGCUAAGGCUACCGAAACUGCCUACACUACCAAGCAAAAGACUGUUACAUGUACUGAAGAAGUCUGUGAAUCCGAAUCAUCCGCUGCUAAGAAGACUUCUACCAAGAACCCAUCAAGCGCUGCUGUUAUUACCGCUUCUACUGUCAAGGUCUCCCAGGUUACCACCAAGGCUUCUGUAUCUUCUCCAGUCAUCAGCCAACAAACUGAAAAUGCUGCUGCCAAGAAGUUUGCCGGUUUAGGUGCUGGUAUCAUCGGUGCUGGUAUGUUGUUGUUAUAA